AGGAGGAGGAGGAAGAGGAGGAAGAGGAGGAGGAGGAGCCCGCCUGUCUCUGCCUUAAUCUGAGGAUGAAGACGCUACAGGUUUUCCUCCAUCUGAGUCUUCUUCUCUUCAAAGUCGCAGCUCAGCCGGACGAACCCGUCACAUACUCAUGUACGGAGGGCUACGAGUUCAACGUGGAAGAACAAGAGUGUAAAGACAUCAAUGAGUGUGAGACGUUGCCUGAUGCCUGUAAAGGAGGGAUGGGUUGCAUCAACCACUAUGGUGGAUACUUCUGUCUGCCGCAGAAUGCCCAGAUUAUCAUCAGUAAUGUUGGAGAGGAGGUCACCACAACAACCCAACCUCCCCAUCCACACUUCAUCCCCAACAACCACGGCAACUACCAGACCACCAACAACCAGGACAGAAUGAUCUCGGUCCAGUGUCCAAUUGGAUUCACUGCUGAUGAGUUCAACUACUGCAGAGAUGUGAAUGAAUGCGUUCCCAGCAGCCCCUGCCAACAUCUGUGCUACAACGUGCCAGGAUCCUACAUGUGCCAGUGUGAACAGGGCUACGAGCUGAGUGCAGACCAGCUGAGCUGCCAUGAUGUGGACGAGUGCCUGCUGUCCUCGUACAUGUGUCAGUGGCAGUGUGUGAACCAGCCUGGCUCUUACAGUUGUGUCUGUCCGGAAGGAUACCAGCUGCAGGGAACACGUAUGUGCCAAGAUGUUAACGAGUGUGAAACAGGACCAAACUGCCGUGAGGACCAGGUGUGCUGGAACUACUUUGGAGGUUACCGCUGUUAUCCCAGAAACCCCUGCCAUGAACCCUACAUUCAGACCGGAGAGGGUCGCUGCAGCUGUCAGUCUUUGAGUGAGUGCAGAGGACUUCCUCCCUCUAUCGUCUAUAAGUACAUGAGCAUCACGUCGGAGCGUGCUGUGCCAGCAGACAUCUUCCAAAUUCAGGCCACCAGUGUUUUCCCCAACAUGCACAACACCUUCAGGAUCAAAGCUGGCAACGAGGAGGGACAGUUCUUUCUCAGGCGAUCCAAUAACGUGAGCGCGAUGCUGGUGAUGACGCAUCCUCUGAUGGGUCCCAGAGAACACGUCCUGGACCUGGAGAUGGUGACACAGAACUCAGCUCUCAGUUACAGAUCCAGCUCUCUGCUCCGCCUCACCAUCAUCGUUGGACCGUACGCCUUCUAGAAACCUCUGUUCCACUUUCCAGGUCGUUUUGUUGUUUUUAAAACAUUUCUACAAGCUUCUCAUUGGCUGAAAAAACAAACUGAAGACAAACUUUAAUCAAUUGAGACUACACUGUCAUGAUGUCACAGUACACAUCUGUGGAGCCAACAUACACAGAGUACACUGGUGUGUUUGCUGUUCCAUAUUCUUACAGUUGAAAACGACACAAUAAAAGAAGUUUCUGAGUGUUUAUAAAAUAUUGUUUAUUUUGACCUCUGUGACCCUUGACCUCCAUUUAAAUACCUGUUUCACUUUGGUCUCCAAGUUUGCUUAAGUGAACUCAUCUGUGUGGAGGACUACAGUUGGUUUAUGUCCCAGUCCUCGUCCUCCCAGCCUUCCUCUACCUAUGUUCAUCAGUCCAUCAGUGUGUCCACCCUGUCCACCCUGUCUAAAGUCAGUGUACUGUGAAGACCCAGAUGGUGAGUGUUGAACACUUCUCGUCUUCAGUGGUCAUUUUGUCUCUGUAGCUGAAGUUGAAGGGACCAGCGGCGUUGAGACAAUGACGGCUGAGGAAGCUGCUGGAGCUAAAGAGGAGGAGGUGAAUACCUCAAUAUACGAAUGUAAGCUGGACAUGUGAUUUAUAUUUAUAUUAUGGAUGUCAGAUGAUAGAGCUAACACUCUGCACAGCUACAAGAAGAAGAAGGAGGUUGCGUCUGAGACACUACACCAGGAGCUAUACAGAGUACAGAGAAGAGUACUAACAGAAGUACCUGAACUAAGACACAGCAUUUGUAUUUGCUCCAAAAUCGAAGUAUUGAUAAACUUCAGCAGUAAUAAAAUGCUGACUCUGCAUCAUGAGUAAUAUAAGUAGUUUUUUUCUAAUAAUACUUGAGUACUUUAACUGAAGUAAAUGAUCUGAGUACAUUUUGUGUCACAAGCAGAGAAACUGCAUUCCUGCAGGGAUCCAGUAAAUCAAACAGCUGCAUGCUGUUUCCUGUGAUGUAAUGACACACUAUGGUUACCAGGCAACAUAAUGUGUGUGUGUGUGUGUGUGUGUGUGUGUGUGUGUUACUUAACCAGCCUCAGUGGAUCCACAUCAUGUAGUCAGAAUGUAAAAAACCUGUUUGACAUUAAACUGACAGCUGUGUGUGUGUGUUUUACUGGAUCAUUCCCAAAGUUUCCAUUGAUCCCUGGGAGGAACCAGUUUCCAGUUCCAAUGAUCCUGGAGGAGCCCAUAGGAGAUUCCAGGAAAAGGUUCAAUGACCCUUGAGUACUUUCCAGGUAUCCCAGAAUAAUUUAAAGUGUAACAAAACAUCAAAGAACCCGAGAACUUCUUGAAGAAACAAAGUCCAGACUAAACUAUGAGGUUCUAAAGGUAGAACAUGAUUCAUGAGCAAGUCAUGCUAUAGUAUACGGUCACAUAUGUUAUCAUAGAAUACGGUCACAUGUGUUAUCAUAGUAUACGGUCACAUGUCAUCAUAGUAUACAGUCAAAUGUGUUAUCAUAGUAUACGGUCACAUAUGCCAUCAUAGUAUACGGUCACAUAUGUUAUCAUAGUAUACGGUCACAUAUGUCAUCAUAGUAUACGGUCACAUAUGUUAUCAUAGUAUACGGUCACAUGUCAUCAUAGUAUACAGUCACAUGUGUUAUCAUAGUAUACGGUCACAUAUGCCAUCAUAGUAUACGGUCACGUGUUAUUAUAGUAUACGGUCACAUGUCAUCAUAGUAUACAGUCACAUGUUAUCAUAGUAUACAGUCACAUGUUAUCAUAGUAUACGGUCACACAUGCCAUCAUAGUAUACGGUCACGUGUUAUCAUAGUAUACGGUCACAUA